GUUUGGUUGGUGUAUUUCUUAGUGGUUCUCUUGGUAAAACAUUGGAGCACUGCCUGAUGUUUGAUGACUGAUUUGUCGUACAGCUCGGACAUUGAAGUUGAUGAUAUAAGGUGUGGGAAUAUCGCAGAGAAAGAUGUCAGUGAUGAAGAAAUUGAAGCAGAAGCUUUGGAGAGACGAAUGUGGAAGGAUCAUGUCAAACUCAAAAGGAUUAAAGAAAAACAGAAGCUUGCAGCGCAACAAGCUGCGGAGAAGCAAAAGCCUAAGCAGACGACUGAUCAGGCUCGGAGGAAGAAAAUGGCGAGAGCCCAAGAUGGGAUUCUUAAGUAUAUGUUGAAGCUAAUGGAAGUUUGCAAAGCACGUGGAUUUGUGUAUGGCAUCAUUCCUGAGAAGGGUAAGCCUGUAAGUGGUGCAUCUGAUAACAUAAGAGCUUGGUGGAAAGAAAAAGUGAAGUUCGAUAAGAAUGGGCCAGCAGCCAUAGCAAAGUAUGAAGCAGAAUGUUUGGCCAUAGGUGAGGCAGAAAACAGUAGAAAUGGGAACUCUCAAAGUGUUCUUCAAGAUCUUCAAGAUGCAACUUUAGGGUCACUUUUGUCUUCUUUGAUGCAACACUGUGACCCCCCUCAAAGGAAAUACCCAUUGGAGAAGGGAGUUCCGCCGCCUUGGUGGCCAACGGGAAAUGAAGAUUGGUGGGUAAAAUUAGGACUAUCGCUAGGUCAGAGCCCUCCUUAUAAGAAACCACAUGAUCUGAAGAAGAUGUGGAAAGUUGGUGUAUUAACUGCUGUAAUAAAGCACAUGACACCUGAUAUUGCAAAAAUUAGAAGGCAUGUCCGUCAAUCAAAAUGCUUACAGGAUAAAAUGACCGCAAAGGAGAGUGCAAUCUGGCUAGGGGUGUUGAGUCGAGAGGAAUCUCUUAUUCAGCAACCUAGCAUUGACAAUGGAACAUCUGGUGUAACUGAAUCUCCUCAAGGUGGACGUGGCCAAAAGAAGAAACCUGCCAUUAGCAGUGACAGUGAUUAUGAUGUCGAUGGUGUUGAUGAUGGUGUGGGUUCUGUUUCAUCUAAAGAUAAUAGGAGAAAUCAACCAAUGGAUGUGGAACCAUUAAGCAGUAGAAAUGAUAUUACCAUUCCUGUCCAAGACAAGGAGCUAGGGGAAAAGCGACGAAGGAGAAAAAGGUCCCGUGAGAAGUCAAGUCAUGCUGAUCAACAGUCCCAACCACCUGUUGAUGAAUGUUUGGGCGUUGAGCAGACAAAUACUUUGCCUGAUAUAAACCACACUGAUUUACAGCCAGUUGAAUAUCAGAUGCACAAUACUCAGCAUGAGAAUUUUACCUCUUCAGCUUUAAUGCCUAUGGAGAAAGGUCUUGUGGGUGAAUCCAGUCUACCCCAAUCUGACUUUAACUACUAUGCUGGUGUUCCCUCAACCAAUGUCAAUUCUACGGAGAGAAUUUUUGUGGACAGAGGGGCUGCCAUCUAUCCAUUGGGCCAAAAUUCAGAGCUGCACCAUGAGACUACUUAUAGUAAUAUCUAUAAUCCAUCACUUGAUUACGGGACCAAUCAUGAUGGAAAGCAUUCUCAGAUGGCAAUGAACGUGAGGCCAGAGGAUGACAGAUUCCUUAUACCAGCUUUGCAUGGAAAUGGAAAUGACUUGACCGGAGGAGAACCACAUCAUUUUGCCAAAGAUACUUUACCCCCUGAGCAAGAUACAGCUGUUGAUAGGCAUUUUGAAUUUGACUUGCCUGAUUUUGCAAUUAACAGCCCAUUCCUUGAAAUGAGUUCGUUUUCUUUAGAUAACCUAUUUGUUGAUCCUGAAGAUGAUUUGAUCCAAUGCUUUGGUGCAUAAUUUCGGAAAGCGGAUCCUUUUAUACUGGACAGCUUGAAGGCCCAAAACUGCAGCAACCAUUUCCGACCCGGUUAAAGGACCACCUCUAUCAAUUAGAGGUGCUGCCUGUACAGGUGUUGUAUUAUAUGUGCAUUUCAACACAGCAAGUUAUACACCUGAUUAUUAUCACAACUCAAUGUUUUAACAAGAAAAAUGAGGGGAGGCAGUUUUUCUUUCUUUCUUUUCUUAUGGCCGUGCACAGUUUUCCUCUAUGAAAAUAACUAUAGAGGACUUAAUGUAAAUGAUUCUUUGUUAGAUGGGACAAUUAACAAAAUUGCUGUUACCUUCCAUCAGGAUCACUUCUUAGUAGCAGAUAUGCUAAUUGCAUCUUCCCUUUCCCAUGCCUGUAUAUUCUUUAGUCUUGUUUUAUAUCUCUCUUCAUCUUAUUAUGCUACUCCUUUGGAUGAA